GCUCAGCCCUGCAGUGGCUCGGGACCGAUGCUAUGAGAGGGAAGCGAGCGGGGCGCGCAGACCUGCAGGAGGCGUCGGAUGCGCGGCCGGUCUGGGGACAGGGAUCUGUCUCCGGCUCGCCUUGCCCUCUGGUGAUUAUUUGGCUCUGUUCAUAGCCCUGCCGUUCCUCGGAGGAGACGGGCACAUCUGAGAAGAGCCAUCGGUGUCAUGUGCGUGUGGAAUAUCUGCAGACAUGACUGCGUGGAGGAAAUUCAAGUCGCUGUUCCUGCUUCUGGUGCUGCUGGUUCUGUGCGCGGGGCUCCUCACUGCAGCGAAGGGUCAGAACUGUGGUGGUUUAGUCCAGGGUCCCAAUGGCACCAUCGAGAGCCCAGGGUUUCCACAUGGUUAUCCAAACUACGCUAACUGCACCUGGAUCAUUAUCACAGGAGAACGUAAUCGGAUACAGCUGUCAUUUCAUACCUUUGCCCUUGAAGAAGAUUUUGAUAUUUUAUCGGUGUACGAUGGACAGCUCCAACAAGGGAAUUUGAAAGUGAGAUUAUCGGGAUUCCAGCUGCCGUCCUCAAUAGUCAGCACGGGAUCUAUCCUCACGCUGUGGUUCACGACAGACUUUGCCGUGAGCGCCCAAGGCUUCAAAGCCCUGUAUGAAGUUUUACCUAGCCACACAUGUGGUAAUCCCGGGGAAAUACUAAAAGGAGUUCUCCACGGAACGAGGUUCAAUAUCGGGGACAAGAUCAGGUAUAGCUGUCUCUCUGGCUAUAUCUUGGAAGGCCAUGCAAUUCUGACCUGCAUCGUCAGCCCUGGGAAUGGUGCUUCGUGGGACUUCCCGGCUCCGUUUUGCAGGGCUGAGGGAGCCUGCGGAGGGACCCUGCGGGGAACCAGCAGCACCAUCUCCAGCCCCCACUUCCCCUCGGAGUAUGGGAACAAUGCCGACUGCACCUGGACCAUCCUGGCCGAGCCGGGGGACACCAUCGCCUUAGUCUUCACCGACUUUCAACUAGAAGAAGGGUACGAUUUCUUAGAGAUCAGUGGAACAGAAGCACCAUCGAUAUGGCUGACAGGCAUGAACCUUCCUUCUCCUGUUAUAAGUAGCAAGAAUUGGUUACGACUCCAUUUUACAUCUGACAGUAACCAUCGACGCAAAGGAUUUAAUGCACAGUUUCAAGUGAAAAAGGCAAUUGAACUGAAGUCAAGAGGAGUCAAGAUGAUGCCCAGCAAGGACAGUAGCCAUAAAAACUCUGUCUUGAGUCAAGGAGGUGUUGCAUUGGUUUCUGACAUGUGUCCGGAUCCUGGGAUUCCAGAAAAUGGUAGAAGAGCAGGUUCCGACUUCAGAGUUGGUGCAAAUGUGCAGUUCUCCUGUGAGGACAGUUAUGUGCUCCAGGGAUCCAAGAGCGUAACCUGUCAGAGAGUCACAGAGACCCUGGCUGCGUGGAGCGACCAUCGGCCCAUCUGCCGCGCUAGAACAUGUGGAUCAAAUCUGCGUGGGCCCAGUGGCAUCAUUACUUCCCCUAAUUACCCAGUGCAGUAUGAAGACAAUGCGCACUGUGUGUGGGUCAUUACCACAACAGAUCCAGACAAGGUCAUCAAGCUGGCGUUCGAGGAGUUUGAACUGGAACGAGGCUAUGACACGCUUACGGUGGGCGAUGCUGGCAAAGUGGGCGAUGCCCGGACGGUCUUGUACGUACUCACUGGGUCCAGCGUUCCUGACCUCAUUGUGAGCAUGAGCAACCAGAUGUGGCUCCACCUGCAAUCGGAUGAUAGCAUUGCCUCCCCUGGAUUUAAAGCUGUCUACCAAGAAAUUGAAAAGGGAGGAUGUGGGGACCCUGGUGUCCCCGCCUACGGGAAGCGGGCUGGCAGUAGCUUCCUCCACGGGGACACGCUGACGUUCGAGUGCCAGGCAGCCUUUGAGCUUGUGGGGGAGCGGGUGAUCACGUGCCAACAGAACAACCAGUGGUCUGGCAACAAGCCCAGCUGUGUAUUUUCGUGUUUCUUCAACUUUACUGCAUCAUCAGGAAUUAUUCUCUCACCCAAUUAUCCGGAGGAAUACGGCAACAACAUGAACUGUGUCUGGUUGAUCAUCUCCGAACCAGGAAGCAGAAUUCACCUCAUCUUUAAUGAUUUUGACGUGGAACCCCAGUUUGAUUUCCUCGCGAUCAAAGAUGAUGGGGUUUCUGAUAUCACCGUCCUGGGCACCUUCUCAGGCCAUGAGGUGCCCUCACAGCUGGCCAGCAGCGGUCACAUAGUCCGCUUGGAAUUCCAGUCCGACCACUCUACAACCGGCAGGGGGUUCAACAUCACUUACACCAGUAAGCAAGCCUCCCCCACAGCACUUUCAGGCCCCUUUUACGUAUUUCAGACGGAAGUCAACUAUGACACUCUGGAGGUCCGAGACGGGCCAGCCAACUCGUCGCCACUGAUCGGAGAGUACCACGGCACGCAAGCUCCCCAGUUCCUGAUCAGCACGGGGCAUUUCAUGUACUUGCUGUUCACCACUGACAACAGCCGCUCCAGCGUGGGUUUCCUCAUUCACUACGAGAGUGUGACCCUGGAGUCGGACUCCUGCCUCGACCCCGGGAUCCCUGUGAAUGGGCAUCGGCACGGCAGUAAUUUUGGUAUCAGAUCCACAGUGACGUUCAGCUGCGAUCCAGGAUAUACACUGAGUGAUGACGAGCCCCUGAUCUGUGAGAGGAACCACCAGUGGAACCAUGCGUUGCCCAGCUGUGAUGCCCUCUGUGGAGGUUACAUCCAUGGAAAGAGUGGAACAGUCCUUUCUCCUGGGUUUCCAGAUUUUUACCCAAACUCUCUAAACUGUACAUGGACCAUUGAAGUGUCUCAUGGAAAGGGUGUUCAGAUGAUCUUUCACACCUUCCACCUUGAGAGUUCCCACGACUAUUUACUGAUCACAGAGGAUGGGAGUUUCACGGAGCCCGUGGCCAGACUCACAGGGUCUGUCCUGCCUCACACUAUUAAGGCAGGUUUGUUUGGAAACUUCACCGCCCAGCUUCGGUUCAUAUCAGACUUUUCCAUUUCCUACGAGGGCUUCAACAUCACGUUUUCAG